AGAACGUGAGUUACCUUUGCUCUAGUCACUCGCGACAUCCGACGACGAGCGCACGCGGCCGCCAUUGCGGUUGGUUUCCCGCCUAUUAUCUGACAGUUGUUAGUCUGUGAUCGUUGUAUUGUUUUACCGUAAAAUAUUAUUUUUCAAAAUGGCGACGGUAACUGGAGAGUCAAGUAAAAACGGAGCAGCACAAAAUUUGAUGGAGAAAGCACCAUGGACUGACGAACAAGGAAUAGCGAUGAAGGUGUACAACGGCAUCGCGCUUGCCCUGGAGAUCCUGGUGCUCUACAUCAAGAUGACAGCCACCUGGCUCCACUGCCUCUACCAGCUCGUCGUGCCGCCGGAGCCCAAGAGCGUCAAUGGAGAAAUUAUUAUGAUAACUGGCGCUGGUCACGGCAUGGGAAGGGAGACUGCUUUGCGGUUUGCUAGACUUGGAGGGACUAUAGUCUGCGUGGACAUCAACCCUACUGGCAACCAGGAGACCGUGGACCUGAUCAAGGAACAGAAGGGGAAGGCCCAUCGAUUUGAAUGCGACGUGACAGACCGCGAAGCCAUCAACGUGCUGGCAGAGAAGAUCCGUCGUGAGGUAGGCGAGGUGACCAUGCUGGUGAACAACGCCGGCAUCAUGCCCUGCAAGCCGCUCCUGCAGACCUCCGAGAAGGAGAUCCGCGCCUCCUUCGAAGUUAACAUCCUCGCUCAUCUGUGGCUCCUCCAAGCCUUCCUACCCUCCAUGAUGGAGCGCAACCACGGCCACAUAGUCGCCAUGUCCUCCAUGGCCGGUGUCGUCGGUCUCCGUAACCUCGUCCCCUACUGCGCGACCAAGUUCGCCGUCAGGGGGCUCAUGGAGGCCUUACAUGAGGAACUCAGAGAAGACAAACUGAAAGACUACAGUGGAAUUAAACUAACAGUGAUCUGCCCUUACAUAGUGGACACUGGGCUUUGCAAGAACCCGAAGAUCAAGUUCCCGUCUCUGAUGAAGAUUCUGACGCCUCAAGAGGCCGCUGACAGCAUCGUAGACGCCGUCAGGAGAAAUUACUAUGAGAUCACCAUUCCAAGCUCCCUGUACUACAUCAACAUGAUCUGCAGAGCAUUCCCGAGAGCGGUUCCAUUAUACCUGAAAGACUUUUUAGAUUCAGGAUUGGAAGCCCAUACAUAAAUAUAACAAUCAAAAACUUUACAUGAUUCCCUCAUCACGUGUUUAAGGGAAUUCAGCCCUUAAGAACUAAAACAAUUAUUAGGCUGAAGUUUAUUUAGAGAUCAGGUCCUAAAUCAAACAAAUUUUAUGUUACAGGGCAAAAAAGAUAGCCCAUGAAAAAAAAAUAUUUGUAAACAACGUUUUGACCCAGGAAGGUCAGUUGGUCGAACUAAACCCUACUGCGGGUAAAGCCUUAUUUAAAGAGGGUAAAAAUUAAUUAAUAAAGCCCCUAUUUGUUUGGG